AUGGGAAGAGCAAGAGAUCAGCAACAUCCGGAGAAUCCAGGAGGACCUGUCAAUGAUUCCACUUCGACCGAUUCUGACCCUGGAAAAACCUACGAUCCAUCGCAGUCACCGGAUCAUCGUUCGUAUGUCCGACACUACCCAUUCACUCAGCUUGAUCAGCCGACUAUCCCUACGAUGCCAUCGACUCAUCAACAUGUCGAUCAACAUCAGCCGAUCCGAUUUCACCUUCUGCAACACCUGUUCUCGUCCUCCAGACCCAUCAGGACAAGACGAGAGAUCGAGCGGAUGAUCAUGGUGGAUAGAAUCGAAGCGAGCACCAUCCACGGAGUCUUAUUGAACAUGUAUAGAAACCCGCUAUCUUCCCCCAGAGAGCGUAGGAAGGUCCGUAUCGAUUUGAAUAUCAGUGCGUUAGCUGUAGCGAGGGACGACAAGCGAAUACGAGUUCCUGUGUUGGGUACAACCAUGAACGAAGAUGGGGUGAGACACUUAGUUGUCGACGAGGCAAAUCAGAAUGAACAUUACGAAUAUCUGUUCAGUCGUCCACAAGAUCCAAAGGAUCCAGAGGAUGAACAUUUGUCUUUUGCUCAGAUUGCAAAGAUGGGUGCGAUAUUACUUACGAAUAUCGUGACGAUCAUUCAACAACCGAUGGACGACAACAUACGAUCACUCUUACAUGCAGUAUGGCAUGGACUGAACCAUUUCGUUCACCUGGUCUUAAACAAUCGAAUGGUCAUGUUUGAAGAUGACUUGUUCAUGUUCCUACAACAGGUCGAUCCUACCUUGACAUCUGCCCUGCACCCUUUCCACCAACCUGGGUCCUCACAUCAACAUCCGAUAGAUAUCACAUCCAAUCCCGAACCAGCUGAACAGAGUGUACUUCCCAUCCCCGAUCAAGUACACGAUACCUUACAUGUCAAUCAUCCCAACCACGUAGCUGUACAAGAGGCGUCGUCGAAAUUGAGAGGAAGUAUGGGCAGAGAAGAAGAAGCUGUUUCCGGCCUUCUCUCAUUAGCAGACCCAUCGUACAGUCAUUCCCGGACUGCGACUCAACCAUCAACAACUCCAUCUGGUGGAGACCAUCAGCAACUUGCGCGACCGAACCCAUACCGAUACUGGAAGAUACACGAGGAGCCUCAUGCGGUCGAGGUAGCCGACAUCCCUUCCUCUACCGAGACUCUAAUUAGACAAACUCCCGGGGAGUACAGUCGAUAUAUCAAAACACCCUAUCUGACACCGUCUAAAAGACACGCCGAUACGUAUACCGAGAAUGUGAUUGAUGGAGUGACGAAGAGGCUGAAGAUCAUUGAGGGGCAAGAAGGGGUAGAUAGGUGA